UUAGGAAGGAAACGUGUUCACAACAGAGGAUUUACAAAGUCAAGGUGAUGUGGAGAGUAGAACCAUAACCAACAUCUUCACCUGGGUUCCAGCAGCCUCCAGCCCGGCCUGAGAGCACCCUGGAGACGAGCGACGACUUUCUCCUUUCCGCUCCGUGCAUCCCAGAAAACGCCUUCCCGAUUGCACAGCGUCUCUGCCCGACUCUUCAUCCCAGCCCGAGGGAGCCCCCUUGAAGAGGCUAAGAGACCUGGGCCCUUUCUCAUCAGACCAUGGCAACUGGCUCCGUGGCCCUUGGACUGGUGCUGGCUCCCAUGGGAUGGGUCUUGCUGCUGGCAGCCACGGUGACCCCGCAGUGGAGAGAAUUCUCCAGGCGGCCCGGCUUCCCACGGGACGUUUCCUUCAGCGAUGGUCUGUGGGAAAGCUGCGUGGAGGUGAUCGGCCUGCCGGGCAGGGCGUGCCAACCCAUCCCCCAGGAGACUGCCAUCUCCUGGCUCAUGCAGAUGCUGAGAGCACUCACUGUCAUCUCAGUGCUUACAGGGGUCCUGAGCUACUCUCUAGCCCAUGUGGGGGUGCGCUGGUGGACAGACCAGCCCAACCCUGAGCUUACGGGAACUGCUGGACUCCUGCUGGUUCUCUCUGGAGCCAUGUAUCUAUGCGCCACAUCUUACAUGGCUUACGAAGUCCUAGAGAACAUGGCCAACCCCCAGACCCCCGCAGGGGACAAGUUCCGGCUCGGGACCUGUCUCUACCUUGGCUGGAGCGGCGGAGUAGCUGAGAUCGUGGCUGGCAUCUGUCUGGCUGUCAAUUUCCAAAGGAAGGAGGAAAGCAGCUCAGGGAAUGUGGCGGCUCCUUAUGAGGUGGAUUACUGAGGGGGGGGCUAUCAGGAAGCUGGAAGAGGAAACUGAGGGGGUUGGGAACUGUUCUCUGGGGGAUUACAACUGUCUUUUCCUUGUGCACUGAGUCCAUGUGGGUCUCCUGCUGUAGCUGCUUGAGCAUGACUGUGCCUUUACCCUGCUGCGCUAGGAUCAAGCUGCACAUCUUCAACCCCGCAGGACUGGCAUUGCUGGUAACAGGGAUGUACAGGCUGGCCAGGCAGGGAAAAUCAACACCCUCAAUCAAGCUGAUUUUAAAGAUGGGCUGAUGAUCGUCUCCCUAAUGAGGUGUCUCAGGGGCCGUGCCAACUUUGGGGUUUUACCAGCCUGUAGGUUUGUCUCCCUGAUGCUACUUGAAAACUGCCCCCCCCCCACAACCAGGGGGAAAGGGCUGAGGGAGGGUGCAGCAGAAGGGGAGUGCACACUUCCAGCUGUGUCACAUCUGUAAGGGGCAGGGGAAGCACAGUGAGAGCAGCUUUGGGGGGAACUGGGGUGUAGAACUGGCAGUGGGGGCUGACCCAGAGGUAAUCCAGCCGAAGCAAAUUGAUAAGGGAGGAGCAUAGCUGGCAGCAGAGUCGGGACUCUCCAAGCACAGAUUUGAUAGGGGUGGGAUGGUGCCUGCUGCUGCUGGUGGAGGGUGGGAAGGAGGCAUGCAAAUGCUUCUGGUCCUCAAGCAGAGGCCAGCGGUGUUCAGCUGCUCUCCCUGGGCCCGGCCCUAGCUGGGCUCUGCUCUGGUCUGAGGCCCUGGAAGUGCUCAGGUAACACAACACAUGAUGACAUCACCCACCUCCAGAGCACCCUAGCAUAGUCCCUCUCUUUGAGGGUCACCUUAUUUCCUCUUGAGAGGGGCUGAAUAUCCCUCCAGGCAGGAGAGGCCAGCCCCUGAAGCGAGAUGAAAGCAAGGAAAGAGGGGUAGAGAGAGACUAUUGCACAGAGGGGUUUGGGAUCCUGUCUCUAUGGAGCCAGCUACUCCCUGCAUUGUAGAGACAAGCUGCUAUUCCAAAACUUAAAAUAAGAAAAGGAGGCAAAGCUGGACCUGUCAUCAACGCAGUUU